AUGUGUUCUAAAAAUCAACCAAGUGUUUUAUUAAUUGAAAACAUUGAAGAAAUUUUCCCAAUCGGAGAAAAUCAUUUACUUGCUUACUAUUUUUGCGAAUUAUUGGAAGAUUAUAGAAAAUCAAAUUAUCUUACAAUAAUUGAUGAAAUUGAAAUCGAAAUACCAACACCAGAUCAAAGACUUGAAAUAUUAAAAUCUUGCAUUGAAAAAAAAUUGAAUUUAGAAGAUGAUGUUAAUCUAAAAGAAAUAAAUCAAAAAUGUCAUGGAUAUGUUGCAGCUGAUAUCGUGUGUUUGUGUAGAUUAGCAUUAGAAACCUGUGAAUCAAGAAGUAUUUCCGAAACUGGAAAACCAGGUCAAUUAAAAAUCAAUAAUAAAGAUUUUCAGGGGAAUUACAAAAAUAUUAUUAUUAGUAAUUUACAAGAAAGAUUUAAUAUACAAAAAAUUGAAUCUAUAAGAUGGUCUGAUAUUGGAGGGUUAGAUGAAGCCAAAGAAAUGCUAGAAGAAUCUAUUAUUUGGAUGUAUAAAUAUUCUGAUUCAUUCAAAAGACUUGGUUUAAAGCCUUCUAAAGGUGUAUUAUUAUAUGGACCACCAGGUACAGGCAAAACUUUGUUAGCAAAAGCAGUUGCAACUGAAUCAUCAGCCAACUUCUUGCCAAUAUCGAUACCUGAUUUGAUUAAAUGUGAAAUUGGAGAAUCUGAAAAAUCAUUGGCAAGAAUAUUUAAAAUUGCAAUUAAUUGCAGUCCAUGUGUUAUAUUCAUGGAUGAAUUAGAAGCAAUGUUUGGUAAUAGAGAAUCAUCUAGCACUUAUGACCAAGGUGUUGUAAUUCUUGCUACUACAAAUAAUCCUGAGAAGAUUGACAAUUCUUUACUUAGACCUGGUAGAUUAGAUAGAUUGAUUUAUAUUAAACCACCAAAUUUUCAAGAAAGAUUAUCAAUAUUAAAUUUAUUGAGUAAAAGAUUCAAUUUUAAUAAUAAUCAAAUAAAUUUUCAUGAAAUCUCACUAAAAACACAGAGUUUCACAGGAGCUGAUUUAAAAUUUUUAUUAGAAAGAGCAGCUUUUAUUGCCUUUAAAAAAUAUAAACUAAACAAAUCUCAAACUGAUUUUAAGGUUGGUAAACAAAUCAAUCAAACUGACAUAUUGGAAGCAUUAUCAACAUUUCAGCCAUCAAUUAGUUUAAAACAAUUGGGAAAAUAUGAUAAAUUCAGUCAAUCCUUUAUCUAA